UUAUUUCGUGAUAAAUAUGUGAUAAAUAAAAAUCUUCAACAAUUUACGUGGUCACUUUCUUUCUUGUUACCACGUCAUUUAAUUGUAAAUUUCGCAAUUAUUAAACAGCCAAAACCUAACCUUGUUGAGAUAACACUUGAAAAAAUACUCUGAUGUAGAAAUCGAAAUCAGAAUAAGUUUGUCAUACCACUGUAAAAUUUUUACGUUCCUUUGAUUAUAAGUGUUGUUUCGUUUAAAUAAACAAUUUUAGACUAAUUUAUAAUAUUUUAUUUUAACGGACUUAUCCAACAUGAUUAAAAGCUUGCGACCUACUUUAUUUAGUAUUAGAAACAUUAAUAAUGUUGCUCGAACACUUAGCAGCUCCCAUAAUAAUAAUUAUGAAAACAAGUACAAAUCUUAUCAUAAGUCUCCUAGCCAUUAUGUUUUAGUAGGAACAGGUUUGGCCACAUUUAUUGGAUUCCAUAUUUAUGAUAUAAAUAAAAACAGAGUUCAUGCUGAGGCUAAUAUUGAAGAAAAUGAUGUUGGUAAGUGGAAGGAAAACUUGCCAACUUAUACUGCCAAGGAAGUUUCACAACAUACUGACAAUAAAAUUGGAAUUUGGGUAACAUACAAAGAAGGAGUUUAUGAUGUGACCAAUUUUGUAAAUGAACAUCCUGGAGGUGACCAGAUAAUGAUAGCAGCAGGCAGCUCAGUAGAACCUUUCUGGUUGUUGUAUGGCAUACAUAAAAAUCCGCAUGUUUUUAAAAUAUUAGAAUCAUUAAGAAUAGGUAACUUAUCAAAAUCAGAUGAUGUUUCUCUCACACAAGACAUGUCUGACCCUUAUGCAAAGGAACCUUUAAGACAUACUGCCUUAAAUCCAGCCAGUAAAAAACCAUUCAAUGCAGAAACAUCACCCGCCUUAUUAGUUGAAAAUUUCAUAACACCAAACGAAUUGUUUUACGUCCGAAACCAUUUACCUGUACCUGACAUAAACCCAGAUACAUACGAACUAGAAAUCGAAAUCGAAGGAAAAGGAUCGAAAAUUUUCACACUGGACGAAUUGAAAAAACUGCCUUCGAAAACGAUCACUUCGACCAUAAUGUGUGCCGGUAACAGAAGAAGUGAAAUGACUCAAGUAAAACCAGUUAAAGGCUUGAACUGGGGACCUGCAGCUAUUGGAAACGCAAAGUUUACUGGCGUGCCUUUGCGAGACGUUUUAAGAUUGGCCGGCUUGACCGAGAAAGACGAGGAGAAGAACAACCAUGUUUUGUUUGAAGGUGAGGAUAUGGAUGCGACGGGCAGCACUUAUGGGGCGUCAAUACCAAUUUGGAAGGCGCUGGACAAACGUGGGGAUGUACUCCUGGCAUAUGAAAUGAAUGGUGUCCCAAUUCCUAGAGAUCAUGGCUUCCCUGUACGGGUUAUUGUCCCCGGGGUUGUAGGAGCCAGAAAUGUGAAGUGGUUAACUAAGGUAAUCGUCUCGGAGAAAGAAAGUGAUUCCCACUGGCAGCAAAACGACUAUAAGGGUUUCUCGCCGAGUACCGAUUGGGACACUGUUGACUUCACAAAAUCACCUGCCAUUCAAGAGUUGCCAGUAAUAUCGGCUAUUUGUAAACCCCUCGAUUGCGAAAUUGUUAAAGCGGUAGAUGGCUACAUCACAGUUAAAGGGUAUGCAUGGUCUGGUGGUGGACAAAAAAUCGUGAGGGUAGACGUGACUGGUGAUCAAGGCAAAACAUGGCACGUAGCUAAUUUACUGCAGGACUCUGCGCAACCUCCCCAACAUUGGAGUUGGACGUUAUGGACAGUGAAAAUACCUGUGGAUAAAAAUACCAAAAUGGUUGAAUUGUGGGCCAAGGCGGUGGACUCCUCUUACAAUACUCAACCUGAAACAUUUGAGAACAUUUGGAAUCUUCGUGGUGUAUUGAGCAACGCCUAUCAUAGGAUUCGAGUUAAAGUGAUACACUGAGUACGUUUGUUAUGAUUGUUAAAUGGUAAAUAUUGUUAUCAGCAAGUUAUAUCUAUGUUUUAACAUUUAUUAUUAUCUAUGUACUAUUAUUAACACAAUCGGGCACUUUUUAUAUAUAGUGGGUAUUGUUUACAAUAAAAAUGAUAAUUCAUACUUUUUAAUAUA